AUGGCGACCGUUGCAGUCUUCCGCUCGUCGAGGGCCGCCUUCCCGCGACACGGCCUGAAGUCGAGGGUUUUCCAGAUCGGCAUCACGGAGUCGCGGCGGAAUCUCUCGUCCUACCUCGUCACCCCGAAGGAGCUCGCCGAAGCUCUCAAGAAGAGCCCGCCCUCGCCCAUCAACUCGGAGCCCCGAGUCAUCCCCCUCUGCGCAUCAUGGUUCCUCCCCAACGACGAGCGCAAGGGCAUUGAGGUGUUCCGCCAGCAGCGCAUCCCCAAGGCGCGCUUCUUUGACGUCGACAAGGUCAAGGACAAGCACAGCCCCUACCCGCACAUGCUGCCGACUGCCAAGCAGUUUGCUGCGGCCAUGAGCGAGCUGGGCAUCAGGAAAGAGGACACAGUGGUGGUCUACGAUUCGAAGGAGCUGGGCAUUUUCAGUGCCCCGAGAGUAGGCUGGACACUGAAGGUCUUUGGACACUCCAAGGUCCACAUCUUGAACAACUUCAAGCUGUGGGUGGAGGAAGGGCUGCCGACCGAGUCGGGAGAGCUCUACAGCGUGGAAUGCAGUCCGUACCCCAUCCCCAAGGAGAUCGAUCUCGACGCCAAGGUUGCGAGCUUCGAGGAGGUCAAGGAGGUCGCGGCGGAUUACAACAAGGAGGGCGCCGAGGGGGUACAGAUUCUCGACGCCAGAGGGGCUGGCAGGUUUGCCGGUACCGCACCCGAGCCGAGAGAAGGGCUGUCGUCGGGUCACAUGCCAGGUGCCAUCAACAUCCCCUUCGACGCCGUCCUGGACCCCAAGACCAAGGCCUUCCUGCCCAAGGACCAGCUGAAGAAGCUGUUCCAAGAGAAGGGAGUGGACCCGGAGAGGCCCAUCGUCACAAGCUGUGGUACGGGCGUCACGGCGGUUGUCAUCGAGACCGCCCUGGAGGAGGCAGGCUACGGGAGCCCCGAGAAGCGGAAGGUAUACGAUGGUAGUUGGACCGAGUGGGCGCAGAGAGUCAAGCCCACCGAGUCUCUCAUUGUCAAGGACGACCAAUGA